AUGGAUUGUGAAGACCAAGAGGCCUUGUUUCACUCUUACCCAUGUGCAUACUAUGUUCAAAGUCCAUCUACCAUCUCCCAUGCAAACAGUGCGGAUAUCAAGACCAACAAUAAUAUUCUCGAAUCCACAUUCCAUUCACCAACAAGAUCCGAUACUAUACUCAUCAACAAGAACCCUGAGGUCUCAAGGUUUACCCUCUCUCGUUACUCAUCCUCUCAUGGAUCAAACAACUCUUUCCUUAAUGAGAAGAAGGUUAGUGGACCCGAGAAUGGGGUAAAUCGUUUGAUCAUUGUUGAUGGUCAUGGAUUUGAUGGUGAUGGUGGAUAUGAAGAGGAAGAGGAUGACGAUCUUUAUUAUGAGAAGAAAGGUGGCUGGUGGUGGAGAUAUUGUUCUCUUAGGAGGAGCUCUUCAUGUGCAUGGGUUUCUUUGCAGAUAUUUUGGAGACUUGUGUUGAGUUUGUGUGCUGCUUUGCUUGUUUUUUAUGUUGCUGCGAAACCUCCACCACCCAAGAUGUCAAUCAAGAUGGCAGGAAUUCGGCAAUUUGGACUAGGGGAAGGAGUAGACGGCUCUGGUGUCGCGACUAAGCUCCUGACCUGUAAUUGUUCCAUUGACCUAUUGAUAGAAAACAAGUCAAAGCUCUUCGGCCUUCAUAUUCACGCUCCCAUUUUGGAAAUGUCAUUCGGUCACCUCCGUUUCGCAACGUCACGUGGCUCAAAACUAUAUGCUCAGAGCCAUACUUCAACAUUGUUCCAAUUGUCCGUGGGAACCAGGAAUAAGCCGAUGUAUGGUGCUGGAAGAAAUAUGCAAGACAUGCUAGAAUCAGGAAAUGGAUUGGCGAUAGUGAUUCGAGUAAGCCUGAGAUCAAAUUUUCGAGUAGUCUGGAACCUUAUCAAGCCUAAAUUCCACCACCAAGCUGUAUGUCUGUUAGUGCUUGAUAGUGCAUAUGACAAGAAGCACCGUACCCAGGCAUAUAAUAGCACUUGCACUAUAGCUUGA